AACUGGAUUACCAAUGAAAAGGCUAAACAUAAGCCUACAGCACCAAGAAGACCAACAACAGCUCGGACACGCAUCCAGACAACGAAACGUGCGCUGUCAGGAUAUAAUGUUUUUAUGAAAGAGUUUUUUCAAAAAACUAAUAUCGAUGAUUAUUUGAAGGAGCACACAGACAUUAUCAUCGAAGGCCUUGAGGGGCUCAAAAAGACAAACCGGAUUGCUGGAUAUGCAUGGCAUAAUCUAAGCACUAACGAAAAGGAUCGUUAUAGAGAACGGGCCAAUCAAUUGGCUCAAAAAAUUAAAGAUGCCUCAAAACAUUAUAUUACGGAGAAUGACACUAGACAAAGUGUGAUCAACUCUACUUUGGAAACGAUUUACAAACAGUUUAAAAUCCUGCGUACACAAAAUUGUCAUACCAUUCUCACAGUGUGCGAUGGUAGGCACAGAGCGUUUACGCUCCACUGUGGUGCAGGUGCCCGAGUGCUUGAAACCUGGCAAGAGGCUCAGUUAGAGCCGAAUACUCUGAUUGAAGCAGAAGGUUUGAGUGCUAAUGCAAAAGCUCGAGCUGAAGCGUUGCGAUUGGCAACACUUGAAUCAGAAGAGGAAGAAGGUGCAAGUGAUUUGACGGACGUGGAGUAUAGCAGUAGUGGAACAAGUGACGAAACUGUCAGUGGAGAGGAUAGCGAAGCAGAAGAGAGUGAGGAUGAAUCUGCAGUGAUGUCCGAAGGGGUAGAGGAAAUUUUUGUUAGGCGCUCUAAAAGAUUGGAGGGGAAAAGGGAUUUGUAA